AUGGCUGCUGCCGAGGGCUCCGCGCCACAAGCUGAGGUGUUCGUAUACCCGCGCUCCAUUACCACCACCAGCCAAACUAACCCACCAGCUAGGAUGUCAAUCGCCUCACCCAUCAACCUCGUCCUUCUCUCCCUCUUCGUCGUGCUGCUCUACUUCCACUUCCGCCCGAAACAGCCCGUCACACUCCCGCGGGGCCCGCCCCCAGUCGUAUUCCGCACCUACACCCCCAAGACACUAAUCGAGUUCAACGGCGAGGACGGCCGACCUGUCUUUCUGGCCGUGCGGGGCCGAGUCUUCGAUGUCUCCCCGGGUAGGAACUUUUACGGUCCGGGCGGUCCAUACGAGAACUUUGCUGGUCGUGAUGCCUCGCGUGGUCUGGCACACCAGAGCUUCGACGAGGAGAUGCUGACCAAGGACCUCUCGGGUCCAUUGGAUGACCUGAAGGAUCUGGAUGCCGACCAGCUGGAGAACUUGCAGUCGUGGGAGGAGCGCUUCUCCGAGAAGUACCUGGUGGUUGGCAAGUUGGUUGCCGAGGGAGAUCCUGAAGCUCCCAAGUCAUGA